CAGGCCUCCUUUUCUCUCACAAAACUAGAAAUCUCGACCGUUUUCUUUUUCUCUUUCCAAAGGCGACAGCUACCAAUCCACCAGUAAUGGCGACGAAAGUUUAUAUAGUGUACUACUCCAUGUAUGGACAUGUCGAGAAGCUAGCAGAAGAGAUUAAAAAAGGUGCCUCAACUGUUGAAGGAGUAGAAGCUAAAAUGUGGCAGGUUCCAGAGACGCUGCCAGAAGAGGUGCUUGGAAAGAUGGGUGCACCCCCCAAAAGUGACGUGCCAAUAAUCACACCAAAUGAGCUUGCUGAGGCUGAUGGGAUUAUCUUUGGAUUCCCAACUAGAUUUGGUAUGAUGGCAGCACAAUUCAAAGCUUUCCUUGAUGCCACUGGAGGACUCUGGAGAGCACAGCAGCUUGCAGGCAAGCCUGCAGGAAUCUUCUUCAGCACUGGAUCCCAAGGUGGUGGUCAGGAGACUACUCCCUUGACAGCCAUAACCCAGCUUGUCCACCAUGGAAUGAUCUUUGUGCCGAUUGGCUACACCUUUGGUGCUGGGAUGUUUGAGAUGGAGAAGGUGAAAGGUGGCAGCCCAUAUGGAGCAGGCACAUAUGCUGGGGAUGGUUCAAGAUUCCCAUCUGAGCUUGAACUUGAGCAAGCUUUCCACCAGGGAAAAUACUUUGCUGGCAUUGCCAAGAAGUUCAAAAGUUCCUCUUGAUUUUCGCCUUCCCUCUAGAAUUAUGAUACGGUCACGGAAUAAUAUGCUAGCCUUGUUUGAUUGUUGCAGCUUCUGAGCUUUGAUUUAUGUUUUUUUGGUAAAUUGGCUAUCCCAUAAAUACAAUAUCAGUUUGCUUUCCAUUGGUGUGAGAUGCCACCUUUGCUGAGGAGCUUAAAGGUUUAUUAAUUGCUCUCUCAAUAAAUGCCUCUAGAGGUUCUUGGGGACAAUGAAACUUAUGAUAUUAAAAUUAGAUUUUAUGGGUC